GACUCGCGUUUCUUCCUCAAAGAUAAAGCGAAUCCAGACAUUCCCACAGAGGAUUCCUCCAAACUUCACCCAGACUGCAGUUUAACUGACCCUAUGGAUACACGCACCGGGAAUAUGGCCUGUUCAGCCUCUCUCUGCCAAUCAAGGCAAAAAGGAGCUCUUAGUUUUCCAUAAGAGGAUAAUUAAAGCGGGAUAAUUGGAAUUUCAGAACACAGGCAGCAUGGGAACUUUACAGUCGAGACAUGCGUGUAAACGAAGAGAGAGUCCAGAGGGUGGCACCUUUGCAACAAGCCCUCUUACCUUCCACAGGGAGUCAGACACCGCCAGAGACAAGCAGAAUGUGUGUGGUGCUGAGUUAAAGGAUGAGAAAUUCCUGGACCCUGACUGCCCUCUGGAGGUAAUCCUGCCACCAGAGAGACCAGCUGAACACCAAAGUCACAAACUCACAUCAGAGAGCGGAGAUGCCCACCGGAGGACUGCAAAAAAAAAUGAGCUGGAAUGCAACAUGCCUGCGACAGAGGAAAAUCGCCAAGAGUGGGUUUUUACAUUAUACGACUUCGACAACAGCGGCAGAGUGACCAAGGAGGAUAUGUCCAGUCUGAUGCAUACCAUCUAUGAGGUGGUGGAGGCUUCAGUCAAACAGUCUGCAUUGAGCAACAGCAAAACACUGCGGGUCAAACUGACAGUCACACCUUCAUCUAGUGGCAGCAGAAAAGAUCGAGAUGUUGGGCUUUCUCUGAACAAGCGGGAGCAGCUGGAGGAGACCCAUCCCUCACACAUCAGGAUACAGAGUCCAGAUCCUGCGGUCAGUUCAGAGAAGAAGCUUUACCCUGUGGAUGAGAACACUGAGCGCAGAAACCACUAUUUAGACCUGGCUGGGAUUGAAAACUACACGUCCAGAUUUGAAGCAGAUAACACUGUUCAGUCUCCAGCGGAGGAGCAGAAUCAGGAUGGCCUGACCCAUGUGGCUCGUUCUACUUACCAUCGGCGUCCACAACCCGACAUCAGCAGCCCAGGGAAGUCCAGCGGUCGUGGAAUCUCCUGUCUCAAGUCCCUGCGGAGCCGCAGUAAGUCCAUGGGGGCAAGUGGAGGCACUGGCAAACCAAGCAGGCUCCAUGGGCAUCAUCCCGUCAGCUGGUGCAGCCCCCCUCAGCCCCAGCAGCAGCAGCCUCCGCCUCAGCACCAGUACAGCCACAGUAAGCGAGCCCGUUCCAGGCCAAGAGAAGCUCUGUCACCAUCUAUAGCCCACCCCAACCCGGACUGGGACUUGCAGCCUGGAACAGGAGCUUCUCCUGCAGGGUUUGUGCCUGUAGCUCAGAGGCACGAGCACCACCACCUCCAUGAACACCACCACCAUCAUCACCACCACCACUACUACUCCUCCUGACUGCAUUCUCUUCUAGAAAGAGAAAUAUGAAAAUAGGAGCAUUUUUAAGGGCUGAUCUGCACAGACAUUUGAGACACUUUCUACAAAACGCCUCACAAGAUCAGCCUCUCCUAGAAAAACAGACAAAAGACAGUAUUCUCCCCAUGUGAAGGAAUGAUAAAGUUUGUGAACUUUCUUAAUCUAUGCAACCAUUGGUGCUAACAGAAAACAACUCUAUUUUACUUUCUUCUCUGUGUUCAGAUAAUCAAUAGAUGCUGACAAAUCCCUUAAAAAGGAGAUAUAGUGCCCCCAUGUGAUUGUAAAUUGAGUUGUCCAAAAUGUAAUAUAGAGAAUGUGAGGUUUUAUAUCAUUGGUCACCAUUCCUACUCUUGGAGAUCUACUCUUCUGCAGAAUUCAGCUUCAAAAUAAAAAUGUCUCUGCGUAAUCCAGCUAAUCAAUGUCUUUAUAAGUGCCUAAUUGAAUGAGAGGGUUAGGGCAGGCUAGGUUAGGAGGUGAAAGUUGCAGGAAGGUAGAUCUUCAGGAGGAUUGAUGACCAUGAAAACUAUUCAGUAUGAUACCACUGACGUUUAAGUCAACGAUGCCCUACAGACUGAUCAUGUUUUCCUCAGGAUUUCUAUACAAAUAACCACUCAUUUUAUACAAUAUAUAUUAUGUCUCAUGUAUGUUAAAAAUGCACUUGUGCAUUAAAAGGAGUAUAUCACAUUAUUUAUAA